AACACGCAUUUUAAUUUUCUGGUUCUGUAGAUAUAUAGCCGCUGCCAACUUUUAUAAAGUAGCGAUUACUUGCUUUUUGCUGUCUAUUGAAACGAAAUGUCAAUUAAACGAAAAAUUAUGAAAAACUGAUAAAGGUUGAUUCAUCGAACACAAUAUAUAUUAACAUAAUUUUCUGUAAUUCAAGGACUGAAUUUUAAUAAUGGUAAUCCCAAGUCCUUUUGUUUAUUGGGCGCAAACUGAAAGUGCUAUUACAUUAAAAAUAGAUUUAAAAAAUGUUGUCGAUCCCAAUUUGAAAGUUCUAGAAGAUAAUAUAAAAUUCACAGCACAAGGUAUUGGAGCCCAUGGACAGAGCCAAUAUGAAUUUACACUCAAUUUGUACUCCGCUAUUAAAUCAAAUGCAGCUAACGAUGAAGUUCCUUUUAUGCGUGUGUUUGAUAACCGGGUAGAGCUUGCACUGCAGAAAGAGAAGCCUGCAUGGUGGCCUCGGCUCACCGCACAACCCCAAAAACCAGCCUGGUUGAAGAUAAAUUUUGACUUGUGGAAAUCAGAGGACUUACAGGACAGCGACGAGGAGACGCGCGACGUUAUGAGAGACUACCCCGGCAUGUAUGAUAAGCUGCACAAAGAAGAAAUGGGUUAUAGAAAAGAAGACUGGAAGAAGGUGUACCUGAUAUUGUACAACUUAUUCCAAAUGAUCGGAUUCACGUACGUACUGUCGGUGAUAUCGAUCCGGUACUCCAAGCUCGGGUACGACUCGGUGACGGAUACGUACGAGCAUGUCGGCUCGGCGAUAAAGUUUCUCCACUUGAUGCAGAUAUUAGAGAUACUGCAUCCACUAUUUGGUUAUGUUAAGGGCAGUGUUUUUAUGACGUUUGUACAAGUGAUGGGCAGAAAUUUCAUUAUAUUUGCAAUGAUAGAAGGCGAGCCUCGGAUACAAACGAAACCUGUCAUAUUUUACUUAUAUAUUGUUUGGAGUUCGGUCGAAGUUAUCAGGUACCCAUUCUACAUUACGAAUAUGUAUAAAAAAGAGAUCUAUUUGCUAACAUGGCUGCGGUACUCAAUAUGGUUACCAUUGUACCCACUCGGCGUUCUUUGCGAGUCAGUCAUAAUAGUGAGGAACAUACCAUACUUCGAGGAGACACAGCGGUUCACUGUAUCGUUGCCUAACGAAUGGAACUUUGCAUUCCAUUUACCAAGUUUCCUUAAAGUGUACGUGUUUAUGGUCGCCGUGCCUGGUUUGUAUUUCCUGAUGAGUCAUAUGCAGAAGCAAAGAACGGUCAAGCUAAAACCAAAGGUCAUCAUAAAGAAAUCUAAAUAAGAAUUUAGAAAGUACCACAUUAGAAGCUACUAUUUUUUUUUAUCAAUAUUUAAUACAAUUAGUAAACAAUAUUAGCCUGUAUUUGGGCAUGUGUGUGUUGGCUUGCCCUUGCAGAAUGGGUAAUUCCAAGUUUACUCGGUUUGUAGUAAUAACGAAUUUGUAUUUGAUAUGAUUUUAAUAUGGAAAUAAUGAGAUAUAUAUAUUUGAAUUAACAAUAUACUUGUAUAUAUAAAAAAGAAAAAAAUACUAAUGCAUCUAGUAAAAUAUAGCGAAUGACGUGAAUAUAGCUGCUGAUUGGUAGCAAUUUGCUCCACACUUCACGAUCCUUGCAGCAACUAUAGAAUAUGCACUAACAUUAUGUCUUUUUAUAAAACUUAGUAAUUUAAAAAUAAAACUAAAAUACAAUAAUAAUGUAUAAUAAUAUAUAAUCAAUUAUUUAAAAAAAACAAAAACCUUUUUUUAUUUGACUGUUUAUUUAUUUUACUCGUCGUUAUUUCAAUAAAGACAUACUAAUAUUGUGUACUCAUUGUGUCAAAUAUAGAAAAAUAGAUUAUAGGUAGACAAUUUUGUACCUUUUCACACCGUCCUGUUGCUAAAUGUACGUCAGUAGUAUGGACGUUUGACAGUUUUCUUAGAAACUCGAAUCAUGGAGAUGUAAAAUACAACCGAAAAGGAUAGUUCCGUUUCUUUAAAAUUAUUCUAUGAC